AUGCGUGUUGAUGAAAACAGAGCAAGGGUAACAGUGGUGGUGCUGGUGGUGUUGGCGGCGGUGGUGGCCGGAGUGGACGGCCGGCGGCACAGGGGGAUUUUGGUCGGGGCGAGGAGCGAGGUCAAAGACGUGAGGACCAACAGAGAAAUUCAGGAGCUGGGUCGAUUCUCCGUAGCAGAGUUCAACUUCCAGCAGCGGCAGAAGCAGAGUGAAGAGGAACAGAGGCUGCUGAUGUUCGACGAGGUGGUGGAGGCAGAGAGGCAGGUGGUUUCGGGGAUUAAAUACUACCUCAAGAUCCAGACUACUCACUCUGAUUCGAAUAGGGUGCAGGUUUACGAUGCUGUUGUGGUGGUCAAGCCAUGGCUGGACCAUAGACAGCUCGUCCACUUCACUCCUUCUCCGAGCUACUCUGCCAAUUAG